AUGUCAAACAAACGAGUAUUUGACACUGUACAAUUCUGGGAAAGCAUUCUAGUCCCAAGUGAUGGUAAAUAUCAACCAUCAAAUUCCUGGCAUCAAUGCGCAUUUCGAUUGAUGCAUGAAUCGGAUUUUUGGCAGGAAGAAUUCCGCCAUACAAUUCCUUUCCAUGACUGGCCAACUGAUGGGUCAGAUUAUGCAUUUGUGAUAGGAAUUAAACGAAAAUAUCACAAAUAUCAACAGCGAUCAAUUGCAUUGAAUGGAAUUGAUUACAUUCAUUCAUUGGAUCGACGAACGAUCCUUAUCAAUGCAAUCAAAUUCGAAUAUGUUAUCGAAUUUAGCAAUGAAGCUAAAGUUAAAACAUUAUUCGAAAUGGUUUAUCGCCAAAUCCCAUGCUUUUAUUGGGAUUUAAUUAUAACAAAUGUGGAACACAACAAUUUCUGCUUAUUGAACAGAAAUUAUACCAAUCCUAAAUACGAUAUGGUUGCAGAACCGGAAGAAGAAUAUGACGACGAUAACAAUAUCGUAAUUCUGCCUGCAUCAUAUCCGAAACAAGUUGGACAAUCCACAUCAAAGUGUCCUGUGGUUGAAAUACCUCCACCGCCAACACUAUAUAAAAAACAAAAUAAUAAUGAUAAUCGAUCAGACGAAUCAAUAGAUGCAGAUUGGGAAAUGAUCGAUUUGAAUGAUGAUGAUCUUGAUAAUGAAUCAAUCGAGGUUCAACCACCUCAACCAUUUUAUUAUGAAUCGAGUGAUGAUGAAAUUAGUCCAUCUGGACUUUUAUCGUGUUUUAAAAAUAUUUUAAUCUAA